AUGGUAAAAAAACAAGAAGUUCCAAAAAGACUAACCAAGGAGCAAAUGCGAAAACUAUUGCUAAGUGCUAAAAAAAAAGCAGAUAAAAUGCCGGAAGAGGAAGGUAGUUUUCGCUUAGAAGAUACACUUAUUAAGGAACAUGGAAAAGAAGAAAUUGGCAAUUUAAUUAUCUACACCAAAGAAAUUCACCUCAAUAGUUUAUUUGCUUACUCCUUAGCAGGUUUAAAAAGUGAUAUGCCUAAUUUCUCAGAGCAUUUUGGUUUCCGUAAACUAAUUAACACUACUGCUCAUGAAUUAGCUCACUGCUUAUUAGCCAAUUACAAACUGGACUUUGGACGAAAACAUGAACCUGAACAUACUGAAUUAACCAAAGACAUCGAGACCUUUUUAUUAAAUUUGCCAGAAGUUAAGGAGUUGGAGAAAUUACAGAAAUUUCAAUGA